AUGGCUAACGGAGGUGGGGCAAAGUGAGUUGGUUCAAUUUUGAACUUCUCUGGAAGUAUAGCUUAGAAUCGACUUUUAUAAAUGACAUCUUAAAUGAAUGGUUUCAUGACAUGGGUUUCAGUGAUUUAUAACCUACUGUAUACAAUGUUUGUGUGUGUGUGUGUAUUUGCAGUACAUGAAUGGCAGGCUUCAUCUUGACCUGAAUGCUUUCAUCGUAGACUCUGAAAAGACCUCCAUGCCUACAGUUGAUCAUGGGGAGGGAAUGUUGAAAAACCAUGGAAAAGCUCUUUUUCACAUCCUACUGACAAAGGACCACACAUCAGUUGGGGGCAGAAUUUCCUGCCACAAUGCCACGCCUCUUAUCACAUUAAUUGGAUUCACAAAGAAAAUACUAAAAGGACUUGUAUCUCAGUAAGUAAAACUUUUAAGAUGCUGGAGCUAUGUGGCACAUUUUGCUAAAUAUAAGAAAUAUGAGAGGGGGAGAAAUGGCUAUUUCCAAAUGUCUGAAAAUCUGGAAGAGAAGAUAUAAACCCUUGACCUGACAUGAGAGUAUAAUUGCUUGUUACCAUAGCAACAAAGCUCCACAGACAUUCUUAACAACUAUUCUCAUUGGACAGAAAAGCCAGGUGCUUUAUAUGGUAUAAAUAUUUUUAGACUGCAAUCUUACAUAGACUUACCUGGGAAUAAUGCUAUUAGACUAAGUGGGGCUAAUGUCUGAGGUGUGGUAAAGCCUCUUUCUUGUUAUUUUAAUAUGAUACCUUGCAACAAUGGAUUUAAAUAGGCACAUGGGAGGGGCAGGUGCUCAUCCGUCCUCCUAAACUCUUGAGUCACUGCUACUUCAGACCCUCCAAGUAUCCCUAUUUUCCAGGGACAGUCCCGGAUUUACAGAAGCUAUCUCAGUUUCUGAUUUGAGUCCGGAAUGUCCUGCUUUUCCUUAGGAUGUCCGUAUUUUCAUUGGAUAAAUGUUGGAGGGUAUGGAGUUAUGCAAUCCCUGAGCCAAGGAGAUAAGUAACUAUUCAAGCUUUAGACGACAUCUGAAGGCAGCCCUGUAUAGGGAAGUUUAGUAAUGUUUAAUGUUUUAUUAUGUUUUUAUAUAUGAUGGAAGCCGCCCAGAGUGGCUAGGGCAACCCAGUCAGACAGGCAGGGUAGAUAUAGAUAUAGAUAUAGAUGAUAUAGAUAUAGAUAGAUAUAGAUAUAGAUAUAGAUAUAGAUAUAGAUAUAGAUAUAGAUAUAGAUAUAGAUGUAGAUAUAGAUAUAGAUAUAGAUAUAGAUGAUGAUAUAGAUAUAGAUAUAGAUAUAGAUAUAGAUGAUAUAGAUAUAGAUAUAGAUGAUGAUAUAGAUAUAGAUAUAGAUAUAUUAUUGCUAUUAUUAUGGAAUAAGGUAAAGGGACCCCUGACCAUUAGGUCCAGUUGUGGCCGACUCUGGGGUUGCGGCGCUUAUCUCGCUUUAUUGGCCGAGGGAGCCAGUGUACAGCUUCCAGGUCAUGUGGCCAGCAUGACUAAGCCGCUUCUGGCGAACCAGAGCAGCGCACGGAAAUGCCGUUUACCUUCCCGCCAGAGCAGUACCUAUUUAUCUACUUGCACUUUGACAUGCUUUCGAAAUGCUAGGUUGGCAGGAGCUGGGACUGAGCAACGGGAGCUCCUGUACGGAUCACGUUCGCAACCCGAGCGUCCACUAUAUUGCUAUUGUCAAAGAUCUUACUAUCCCCAAUUUAAAGUUAAAGGUACCCCUGACUGUUAGGACCAGUCGCGGACAACUCUGGGGUUGUGGUGCUCAUCUCACUUUACUGGCCGAGGGAGCCAGUGUACAGCUUCCAGGUCAUGUGGCCAGCAUAAAUAAGCUGCUUCUGGUGAACCAGAGCAGUGCACGGAAAAGCCAUUUAUUUUCCCACCGGAGCGGUACCUAUUUAUCUACUUGCACUUUGACGUGCUUUCGAAAUGCUAGGUUGGCAGGAGCUGGGACUGAGCAACGGGAGCUCAUUCUGUCACAGGGAUUCGAACCGCCAACCUUUUGAUCGGCAAGUCCUAGGCUCUGUGGUUUAACCCACAGUGCCACCCGCGUCAUUGGAGAAAAGUUGGAGGGUAUGUUGCUUACCAGGAAGGAGAGGAGCAAGAUCUCAGGGAGAUCAGCAUAGUGCAAACACACCAGCAGAGCCAAGCUGGUGUUUCUGCUAGCGUGUUUGCACCACACUGACCUCUUCGCCACCUUGAUGCUCCUGCUCUCCUUCUCAACAAGCAACAUCAACUCGGCAGGUGAGUGCCAGCAUGCAGCAUAUGUAAGUAGGGACAUGUGUUUUCAAAGUGCAGGGGUAGAUAGACAUGCCACAAAGUUGGGACAUUGUCAGCAGAGUCACCAGUUCCAUGAAGCUACUCAGCAUGGCAGCUGUAAAACAUAGGGAAGAAAUCUUCUUGAAAUAUCCUCAGAGCCAAGUAGUAAUUUCAUGCUCUUUAUUUCAGCUCAUAGGAACAGUGAUUGAAUUCCCCCCCCCCGAACCUCAGGCUUUAUAUACAUUAUUUACACAAUGAGAACCGACUGAUUGGUUGAUUAUGUUUCCCUCCUGGAGCCUGAUUGGGCUGCUACUGCAGGCCAAUCAGUUGUUGCAUCCUAGUAUCCUACCGACCUAAUAGGCUGAUUAACUUCCUCCUGGGGUCUGAUUGGGCUCCUCCUGCAGGCCAAUCAGGUUGUAGCAUUCUACAUGUCUACUCCCAUGUACUUCCAGGAUACUGGGUGCAGGACUGCAGUUUCUAAUUUUUUUAAAUAUGUAACGCCGGAGUCAGAAGAAAUAUGCCCUCAAGAGGUUGCAGAACUACAACUCCCAACAUCCCUGUCAUUGGUUGUACUGAUUGAAGCUGAUGGGACUGGAUGUCCAGCAAUAUCUGGAGGGCACCACAUUGCUUAUCUGUGAUAUUUCUCCUUAGGCACCAAGCAGAUUUUAAAAAUACAUUUCCAAAAAGUUAUUUGAGGCAGAAAGUUGAGUCCUAGCAAUAUGGAUUAUAGGGAGAGAGGGUGCUCUUGUGAAUGUUCUUUUGUAUGACUGUCUGGUGUCAAAUAUUUUAUGGAGAGAAGUAGAAAAUAUCAGAUUGUAAGGCUUUCAGAGCACAUAUUGUCUGCACAAAAAACCCCCCCGUAUAUUGUGAAUGCAGAUAUAGGUCUUGAGAUAGCCACCAUUUAAUUUUUCUCUCUCCCAGUAUCAGGUACUAUUGAAGCAGUAGAAUGCACCUCAUAAUGAUUUCUGAGGCACACUGAACAUAUUUUGUUAGUGAAUGGAAUUCUAUGGAGUAUUUCCAAAGGGUCAUUGCACAACUCUGGGGGCAUAAAAAAUACAAUUUAAACUUCUUCUUUUUUAAAAAAGAGAGAGUCUAUAAAUGAAUAGGAAUGUUUGAAAGCGGGGAAAGAACUGGAAAAGAAAAGACUUGCCGGGGGGGGGGGGGAGCUUUCAGCAUCAGCUCUAGACAAGAAUACAAAAAAGUAUUUUGAGAAAAAACAUGGAACAUGGGGAAAAUAUCAAAAUUGAAGAGAGCAGAGAUUCAAUAAUACAGAAAGGCUAGAUAUGUUUCUGGAAAAGGGGACCUUCUGGUUCCAACUGAAGUAAAUAUAAUACUUGAGAAACAGGCAUCUGUGUGAUGUUUAAAUACUUAUAUCAAUGCAUAUUUUUGUUAACUUUUUUGUAUGCCAAUAUAGGGAAAAAAUCUUGUAGGGAAAUUCAAUAAAUAGUUCAAAAAGACUCUCACUAAAAAGCACAAUCUAAAUCAUUGCUGUGCUACAUCACUGUUGGACAACUGUUUAAAUGAAUACAGCCUCUUGUGCACUGACACUGUUGCUCCCCGCCCCCCAUCCACAAAAGCUAAACACAAAAUCUGCUGCUUCUUUUGUACAUGGGUAGUGGAUAAUCUAGUUUUUGCUGGAAACUGAACUGUAGCAGAACAGAAAGAGCGCUGCAUGGGAUGAACACAGGUCAGAAUAGGAAUUGAUGCCUUCUUCCAGAAGACAUCUGAAGGCAGCCCUGUUUAGGGACACUUUUAAUAUUUGAAUUAUUGUAUUUUAAUACUUUGCUGGAAGCUGCCCUGGGUGGCUGGGAAAACCCAGCCAGAUGUGUGGGCUAUAAAUAAAUUAUUAUUAUUAUUAUUAUUACUAUUAUCAUUAUUAUUAUUAUUAUCAUUAUUAUCAUCAUCAUCUGAAAUCAGUCUGAAAUUUUCCAUUUAUGGGCUUCUCUGCAAGUAGCUUCCUGCAGUUCUGAGUGUGGUAGGGGCCACCAUAGUGGCUAAGACCACCCCAUUAAAAAAGGCCAGUAGAGACUGGCAGAUUGUCACCUCCAAUGUAUCCUAAUCCUCUCCAGUGGUAUGGAUUGGGGGGAUCAGUUUCACACCGUGAUUUACAGAAACAUCAUGUAAUGUUCCCUUAUGGCAAAUCAGAAAUAGUUGUGAUGUUCAUAUGCGUCUCAUAACAUGCAAAAUGGCAAUCUUGAUUGAGUCAUUGUCCUGUUUAUUACAGUGGUUUAGUGAUGUAAUUGCCACACACUUUAAUCUGCUUCCUAUUACAGAAGACUAGGAUGACACCUACUGUUUCACUGUUUGGACUAUAUUUUACUUAACAUUGAAUUAACAGGGCUUUUUAUUAAAUAACAGACUUAAAUAUCAGCGCUGUCCACUUUUUAUAUGAAAGUGAGAUCCUAAAUGCUAAAAGACGUCAAAUGGACAAUAUUUUCUCCCUGGUGCAUAACAUACGAAUUCAGGAGACAAAUUCUGAAGAUGGAAAGAAGUUAAUGGAUUUGCAUCCUGAACAGCUUGGGUUUUCAGAACAUGAGUACAGCUGUUUUCUAAUCGUUCCAUGCAGACUUGGCAUUUCUUUGCAGCUAUCUCUGUCAUCCUUGAAAAAUCAACUCUCUUGGGCAAAAGUGAGUGUGAAAUUAUCUGCUGCCAAAGCAGAUGCCAAUAGAGCCAUGUACCAAGCCAUGAACCAAGGCUAUGAAUGUGAAAGUGGCUUGAUUUGCUCAUGCAGUGGUUAUUUUGAUGAUGCCUAAAGCUUCGGGCGGGAAGGUAAACGCCGUUUCUGUGCGCUGCUCUGGUUUGCCAGAAGCGGCUUAGUCAGGCUGCCCACAUGACCUGGAAGCUGUACGCCGGCUCCCUCGGCCAGUAAAGCGAGAUGAGCACCGCAACCCCAGAGUCGUCCACGCCCAGACCUAACGGUCAGGGGUCCCUUUACCUUUAAAGCUUUAUUAUGGCGAAAAAAAUACUUUUUCUUUCUUUUUCUUUUUCUUUUUCUUUUUUGGAGCAGGGUAGGUAAUUGUAUAAAUCAGACAUAGACCCCAUGUCCAGGUAAUGAUUACUUUGUAGGAAUGUAACAUUUUUAUACAUGACUGUAUUUUGAAAUAUUUUGUUUAAGCUGCCUGCUGUUGCUUCUGUCUUUUGUACACUGCUUAUUUAAAAUAAUCAAAAUCAUAUUUCCUAACUCUCAGUUGAGUUUUCUCAAGAAAGCAAAGGAUAAAAAUACUUCUUUCAAAGCCUCGGCCAAUACAUUCUUGCCAACUUGAUUUGGAUUCCAGUGCCUUAAAAAAACACACAACAACAACAACUAUUGAGGAAACUUGCAAAAAGAGAGAGAAAAAUAUUCCAUUCUUAAAUCAAGUAAUUUCAGCCAGACUUGUCUUGUUUUCUGCUUUGUUCUCCGUGUGCAUCUUUCUCACAAUUUCAAAAAAAAAUGGAGCUUUUAAUUUUAUUCUAAAAUUCUUAAAAGAGUAAGAUAAUUGGCCAUGAUUCUUUGCCCUCGUUUCAGAUUUGGAUCUCCCAGUAAUUGUGAUUACUAUAUGUCUGUCUGUCUAUUCCUUGUUCUCUUCAUAGAAUCUUUAUUUUCCAAACCUGAGGUUGUUCUUUCUAUCUUUUUUGUGGGAAGGGGGAUGCAGAUCAUGUUGUAACAUACACUAAUUUGUGUCAUUUUUCAUUGUCUUAUUAUCUAUCUCUGUCUCAUGUUUCUUUUCCAUUUUUAUUUGUUGCAGCUUGUUCGUUCCAAAGAGCCAAAUUCUACAAGGAUGAAGGCCAGCUGUGUUUCUGAAGCACCCAAACUGGAAAUGACAUGUUUGGCUCUGACUCCAGGUUUCCAUUAUGUCUCAGGCAUUAGGGGAGCUACAGUGAUAUACUGAUUCCAUAAUUCUGUACUCUUGACAAGCCACCAGUCCAAUCAACAAGACAAGGUGCAAACAUAAUUUUCUCCAUUUUCUGAAUGUGCAAAAACCACUUAUAUAAUAGUUGUCCCCAGGAAAGGAGCUAUUUAUUUCUUCUACAGAAACAUGCAAGUUUAGGACAGGGUAGCAGAGCCCAACAACCUCAAUGCCACCUAGUUGCUACAUCCUACGUCUUGUCAACAUCCCACACAAUCCUCUUGUUGCUGUUUUGUCUCAAACAAUAAUAAAAGCAAGUCCCAGGUUGGCCAUUGCAAAUAGCAAAUAAGUCUGCACAAAUGGUGUCCAACAAAGGAAUGAGGGAUAAAUUUCAUUCAGUUCACAUUUAAAGGUGAACUUGCUAAAUUUGCACUCUUUGAAACAAUGUGCAAACUGAAACACAGCAGGGUGCUGUAAUCUGCACUUAAGGUAAAGAUACCCCUGCCCGAAGGCCAGUCGUGACCGACUCUAGAGUUGUGCGCUCAUCUCACUCUAGAGGCCCGGAGCCGCGCCGUCCGAGGACACUUCCGGGUCACGUGGCCAGCGUGACGAAGCUGCUCUGGCGAGCCUGCACCAGAGCAGCACACGGAAACGCCAUUUACCUUCCCGCCGGAGCGGUACCUAUUUAUCUACUUGCACUUGAGGGUGCUUUUGAACUGCUAGGUGGGCAGGAGCUGGGACCGAACGACGGGAGCUCACCCCGCCGCAGGGAUUCGAACCGCCAACCAUACGAUCGGCAAGCCCUAGGCACUGAGGUUUUACCCACAGCGCCACCCGCGUCCCUAAUCUGCACUUACCGUAUUUUAAUUUUGCAGUGAAGUCAAGCUAUGUAUAUUUAUUAUUUUCAUUGCCAUGAUCCUACACAAUGUUGAAGGGAAACUCCCCACCGGAGCAGAAAUCAUAUAUUGAACAGAUGGAAAGCUCUUUAACUUGGACAGGCUGGAAGCAAAGAGUAAGGUUACCAUAACUUCCGUGAUAGAGCUUCAAUAUGCUGCUGACAACGUAGUGUGUGCACACUCAGAGGAUGAUCUCCAAACCACCAUAAAUAUCUUCAUAGAAGCUUUCAGAAAGCUUGGCCUAUUGCUCAACGUCCAAAAAACAAAAACAAAACCAAAAACCAAAGUGCUGUACUAAAAGCGCAAAACAACCCCUUUGCAGCACCACAAAUCCAACUCAGUGGUGUAACGUUGGAAAGUGUUGAUCACUUCUCCUACUUUGGCAGUUAUCUUUCCACAAGAGUCGACAAGGAUGCAGAAAUCCAGCAUUGCCUGAGCUCUGCGGGUUCAGCUUUCUCCCGAUUGCAGUGCAGAGUGUUUGAGGACCAAGACAUUCGCAGGGAAACCAAAAUGCUUGUUUACAAAGCUAUUGUACUACCAACCUUACUGUAUGCUUGUGAAACAUGGACCACUUAUAAACACCAUAUCCAACUCCUUGAAAGAUUCCAUCCAUGGUGUUUCUGAAAAAAAAUUACAUAUCACUUUGGAAGAUAGGCAAACAAUGUCAGUGUACUGGAAAAAGCAAAGAUCACCAGUGUUGAAGCAAUGAUUCUUCAACAUCAGCUUCAUUGGACAUGUUGUUUGGAUGCCUCAUGAUCGUCUUCCAAAGCAACUACUCUAUUCCCAACUUAAAAAUGGAAAGCAUAAUGCUGGUGGUCAAUAAAAGAGGUUUAAAGACUCUCAAAUUAAAUCCUAAGGAAAAAAAGUAGUUUAAACACCAACAACUUGGAAACACUGGCCUAUGAGCUUUCCAAUUGGAGAACAGCCUUUACCAAAGAUGUCAUGGACUUUGAAGAUGCUCAAACUCAGGACAAAAGGGAUAAAUGUUUUAAAAGGAAGGCACACUUGGCAAACCCUCACCAUGUCCAACUCCUGCCCAAAAAACUAGUCCCCAAUGUGGAAAGAUGUGUGGAUCCAGAAUUGGCCUCCACAGUCACUUACGAACUCACUGUUAAGACUGUCUUCAUGGAAGACAAUCUUACUCAGCUACUCAUGAUUGCCAAUGAAGAAGAAGCAAUAUAGCAGUGUAAAGUGUUUCUAGAAAUGCAUAUAUUUGUGAAAAUAACAUACUAAUAUGCAUAUAUUGUGGGGAAAUGAUUUGCGAAUAUGUGUAGAUUAAGAAAAAUCACAUAGAAAAAUGUGUGUAUUAUGAUAAAUUUGCACUAAAAUGCUAAUAAAUUUUCAUAAGGACCCUUUAAAAAAAUGCAAACUGGUGUAGGGAUGAAUUUAAGAUUGGGGGGAAAUGAGAAAUAGAGAGAAACCAAAACUGACGUGUUUGCUCAUCCCUACCUACCAACCCAGUUCAACUAAGCAGUCCUAUAUGGCACAAGUCACGCACUGGGAUACAAAUCUUACAGAUAUAAGGUACUGUAUCAUGUUAGCUCAGUGUUCCUGGGGUAAGGUGUCCAGAAAAGGCAUACUGACACUAUUGACGGGGUUAGAGUGUUGGGUUAGGAGUUGGGAGAUCAGGGUUCAAAUCUACACACAUGAAGCUCACUGUGUGGCCUUGAGCUAGUCACUAUCUCCCAACCUAACCUACUUCAUAGGUUUUUGAGGAUGAAAUGCAGAGAGGGAGAACUAUAUGCACUGCCUUGAGCUCCAUGGAGCAAAGCUGGGAUAUAAAUGUAAUAAUAAAUUUUAAAAGAAAUAAAUUAGUAUAAAUUACUGGAAAUUUCCUGACUCCUUCUCUACCCUACAGCAACCUGCAUCCCCCACAUCCCAAAAGCCUUAGCUUCUUCUUGGUAGCACAGCUUCUAUUUUCAGGUUGGGGAAACUGUUAAGGAAGUAUUGUUCAAUGGGUAUGCUUUGCCUUCAGAAAAUAAAUAGCAAAAAAGUGAUGGACGUGAAGUUUUUUAGUCAAAGGCUAAGAAAUCCAAUAUCAGAAAGAUAUUGCUUCUUAGUAAGUGAACACAUUUUCCCAUAUCCUUUGACAUGCCCCUCUCCUCUCCGUUUUUAAUUCCAUCCUUCCACAAAGACAGCUCAAUAAUUUUCUGUUUAUAUAUUUCCAUAUGAGGUAUUGUAAUAAACCAAACUGGACCUCUGGAGACCAUUGAUGUUGCCCCAGAUGAAAUAUAUGGGUGGGACCUUUUUCAAUUCUAACCAGGGCUUCCAAGUCACCACCUGGUUCAUUUCCUGUGAUUUUCUCACUCAACACGCCAAAAAUAACUUGGCUUGCCCCUUGAUAUUUUGCAUCUUGACAAGGAUGCAGAGAUCCAUUUGCUGUUCUUCUCAGGGAGCAAAUGUAUUCAGCCAACGCUGCUGAAAAGCUGGCCACUGAAAAGCCAGUGAAUUCUUCAGAGAAGCGAUGGAGUAAUCAUGAGAGUACCUUGUGAAUGCUCAAGUGAACCCGACCAAACAUUUGAAAGCAGAUCCACUCACAAGCAUAUUUUGAUCCCAGCCUUUGUGUUUAGGAUUUCAGGCAGAAUUAUUCCCUAG